GUCUCGUUAUCCAGUUGGCGUUUUGCUUUUCACUUCAUUAUCUGUUUUUUUCGUACAUACACAAUGAGCGACUACAGUGACCCUCAAUUAACCCCAAACGGAAAGGUGUCCAAGGCGAAAAAGGGGAAACCUGUUCACGUCUGCACAGAAUGUCAAAAGGUGUAUACUAGAGCCGAACAUUUGAGACGGCAUCAAACUUCUCACGAAGAACCACAAUAUCAAUGUCACAUUUGCGAAAGGCGUUUUCAUAGACGGGAUUUAUUAGAAAGACAUUUUAGACGACAUGAAGGCGAAGCCGAGCCAGGCCAGGACGACUACCAGCAAUAAUCGACGACACGUGAACUGUUGAGCUAGAGAUCGAAUGACUAGCAAAUGGAUAUUACCAUGAUUCAACAAUCAUGAAAUUUGUGUAUUUUUUACUGUAUACGAGUGUAAGGAUGACAGGGUAUCGGGACGUGGGUGGAUUAUUGAAUGGAUUGUUAUUUUAAUGGUUGCAUAGCGUGUUAUCGUAAUUUAGACUCAUUUUUAGC